AUGCGCACUUCUCCUCUGCUCGCCGCAGGCCUCGCUGCCGGCGUUUCGGCUGCCACAAACUACCUCGGCUUCAACUCCGGCUCAACACUCGCAGAUCGGUCUGCUAAGUUCAAGAAGGACUUCUUGGCUGAGUUCAAGACGGCACAGGCCCUCGAGGGCGCCCCAGGCACUUUCAAUGCCGUUCGACUGUACACAAACAUCCAGGCUUACUCGGAGAGCGAUCCGAUUGAGGCGUUUGAGGCUGCCAUCGAGACCAAGACUUCGAUCCUGCUUGGCGUCUGGGCAUCCGGCACCGAUAACAUCGAUAAGGAGAUCACUGCCCUGAAGGCGGCUGUCGACAACCUGGGCGAUGACUUCACCGAUCUUGUCAUCGGAAUCUCCAUUGGUAGCGAGGAUCUGUACCGUAACUCAGCCACCGGUGUUGCCAACGAGGCCGGCAUUGGCGCCGACCCGGAUGUGAUUGUUGGAUUCAUCACCGACUUCAAGAAGGCAUUUGCCGACACCAAGCUUUCCAGCGUACCUAUCGGUCACGUCGACACUUGGGACGUCUGGCCCAACGCCACCAACAAGGCCGUUCUCGAUGCCAUUGACUGGGUCGGUGUUGACGAGUAUCCCUACUAUGAGAACGACAAGGGCAACGACAUCAAGAACGCCGGCAGCCUCUUCGAUGCUGCCUACGCGGCCACCCUAGCUGCUGUCGGCGACAAGCCCGUCUGGGUCACCGAGACCGGCUGGCCUUACACUGGCCCUGAUUGGGAUGAGGCUGUUGCCAGCGUCGACAACUCCAAGUACUACUGGGACGAGGUCGGCUGCCGCAAGCUGUUCAACAAGGUGCCCACCUUCUGGUACAACCUGCGCGACUCCAACCCCGACAACACCAUGAAGUUCGCCAUCACAAACAACCUGUCCACCAGCCCGCGCUUCAACCUGACCUGCCCCACCACCUUCGACACGCCCACCACGACCUCGUCUCUGCCUUCCAGCACCGGCACUGCCACUGGCAGCGGCUCAUCUGCUACCAGCUCUCCGUCUGGGACCUCGGGCUCGGGCUCGGGCUCGGGCUCGGGCUCCGGCAGCUCCACGACCACCGGCUCUGGCAGCUCUGCGUCGGGCACCAGCUCGGCCGCCAGCCCCGACUCGACCAACGCUGCUGGCCCCGCCGCCGGCGUCUCUGGCGCUGCCUACGCUGGCCUGGCACUCGUCGCUGGCUUCUUCGCCCUGUUCUAA